GCGGCAGUGGCAGCGAUGAUAGAUGGUUCAGGUAGCUCGGGGUUUGGUUUGGCUCAACCGGCUCAGGUUCAGUCAACUGCUGUCAACGUCGGGUCUCGGUUAAGCUACGGGUCAGACGUGGGUUCGGUCAAGGACAGUCAAAAAGAUAUCUCGGCUCAGCAGGUUGGGUUUAAUUCAGUUAUGUUUCAACUCGACUUGUUUUGGUUCGUGUUUGGUUCUACGCGGUUCAUGCUCAGAUCCGUUUUGGUUUGGGUACUAUUCGGUCGACAAAGUCACACCAGUGAACGCAGCGGGUUGACUGGUCAAUGCUGGUCAACGCUCAGUCAACGCCCGGUCAACAACAGUCAAACUAGUCAACUCGGGUCAACAAGUCAGCCCCGAUUCGAUUACGGUUCAACUCGUUUCGGUUAUGGUUCAAGACUGGUUCGAAUGGGUCAACUGGUUUCGGUUCGGGUUUCGGGUCAACACGUCAACUGGUCAAACUUUAGUCAACGACAGUCAACUGUCGGGUCAAAGGCGGUCAACUCAGGACCCGGAAUACUAUAGAUGCACGCUAGCUACAUCACAUUCGUGGAAUGACA